CCGCUUGCUGCCCGGGCAGCGCCAGGCGGGACCGGCCGGGCUGCAGGAGACAUACCAUCUUCCUGCAGAUUCUCCAGGAGGGAGCUGUGAUGUCUGAAAAGAUUGCAGCUUAAGGUGAAAGAGAGAGAACAGAUAUGAUUUAACUCGGAGACCUGCUGUCUCUGAAGAAGCUGCGAAUUCGUUGCCUUCUGCAGAAGAUGCUGGGAGAUAGCCGGGUGCUGUCCAUUCUCGAGGGAGAUCUGUACAAGGACCUCACCUUUCCAGCGAAUGACGACUCUCUCUUUUUUAACUACUCUACCCCACUGGCUCAUUUCCAAGGGGAGAUUUGUUGGCUGAGGCCUCAGGAGAUUUGUUCCACACCGCGAUUAUUUUCGGAUAAUCAGUAUGAGUGGCAAGUCAAGCAAGGGAUGCUGGGAGACUGCUGGUUCCUGUGUGCUUGCGCCGCUUUGCAGAAGAGUAAAUUCCUGCUAGCCAAGGUGAUUCCUCCAGGUCAGCCCUGCUGGAGAGAUGAGAAGUACAGAGGCUGUUUCACGUGCCGCAUCUGGCAGUUCGGGCACUGGGUGGAGGUCACCAUAGACGAUCGCUUGCCGUGCCUUGGGGGCAAGCUCUGUUUCUCCCAGUGCCAGACCGAUGAUGUGUUUUGGCUCCCCCUGCUGGAGAAGGCCUAUGCCAAGGUCCACGGAUCUUACGAGCAGCUCUGGGCAGGCCAGGUUGCAGAUGGUCUUGUGGACCUGACCGGAGGCCUGGCAGAAAGGUGGGCCCUCAAAGACCCAGGCCGAGGCACAGAAAGGGAACGGGCUGGCAAAGUUUUGGAGAAGGCGGUUUUCAGGAGGCUGAUGAACCUGAAGGAGAAAUGCGUGAUGAGCUGCUCUGUCUUUAGCUCCCAGCAAGGUCCCAGCGAGCUGGGGGAGUUCCAUGCCUUCAUUGUGGUCGACAUGCAGGACCUUUCCAAGGUGUCCAGGAAGGAGACGGUUCUUCUGAGGAUACACAACCCCUGGGGCAGACGCUGCUGGACGGGGCCAUGGAGAGAGGGCGGUCCUGGAUGGAGCCAGCUGGAUCCGGUGGUUGCCGCAGAACUGCUGUCCCAGAUACAGGAAGGAGAAUUUUGGGUCGAGGAGGAGGAAUUUUUCACCGAAUUUGACGAAAUCAUUACAGGGUACCCAAUCACUGAAGAAGGGCAGCUUCAGAGCCUUUAUACUGACAGAGUUCUGAGCCAUACCCAGAAACUGUAUGGAUCAUGGGUGCGGGGACAGUCGGCAGGCGGCUGCCGUAACAACAGCACAUUCCCGAUGAACCCCAAGUUCUGGCUGAGGGUCUGUGAGCAGAGCGAGGUGUGCAUUGCUCUCCUGCAGAAGCACCGGAAGUAUAGCACGGAUUGGGCAGGCAGAAUCCGGAGCUGGCCCCGUUUAGUGGAAGCCGAUCAAUCUCUGGCAGAUGGCCUCCGAGGGAAGAAUUACCAUGCCGUGGGACUGCAUAUAUGGAAGGUUGAGAAGAAACAGUUCAACCUUCCAAAGACCCUCUCCGCACCCCCGAUUUCAGGCACAGUUUCUCAUUCCUACAAUCGGGAGGUGCACCUGCAUUGUGACCUUUCUCCGGGGUACUACCUUGUUGUCCCCAGCACCUUUCUGAAUGAUGCCGAGGGAAACUUUUUGCUUCGGGUGUUCUCCAGUGGAAGGAUCUCUCUGAGUGAGAUAAAACUGCCCGCUCCUGAGAACGCUGUCCGUGAAGAGCUCCCGGGAGGCGAGUGGGAGACCGCCCAGUUGGAGGGAUGCUGGCGAAAAGGGCAGAAUGCAGGGGGCAGCCGGAACUUCCCCUCCUUCCACACCAAUCCCUGUUUCCCCCUGACUGUUCCAGCAGGUGUGGGACAGAGAGGCCUCAGGGUUGCCCUGCGCCAGCACUGCCCAGACAACAAGUGCCGCCCAAUUGGGUUUCAUAUCUUCCAGGUUCCCAGUGAUAACAACAAUGUGACACCGCUGCCAGCGUCUUUCCUGCACUUGGAGCCAGUGGUUAGCUGUGUACCUCACUGCUACUCCCGAGAAGUAAGCCAGCUGUGCCAACUGCCUUCUGGACAUUAUGCCAUCGUUCCAUCGACAUACUUGCCUGAUACGGAGGGCACCUUCACAGUGAUUGUAGCCACCAAAAUAGACAGAAAAAGCAUUCAGAGCAAGGAAACCUUAGGGCAGAGGCUGCAAGAGGUCACCUUUAAAGCUGUGAUGAAAGUGUAGUUUGACACUGGGACUUCCAACACGGGGGAAGCCGGAUGGAGUCUGGGAAGAGGCAGAGCUGCUUUCGUUUUGGACUGAGAGCAUCCGAACGAACGUCGGGCCCAGUGGCUUCCAUGGGCACAGACACAUCUGUCAUCAGGCCCUCUUAUUUGAACCCCUUUGUAAAAACAAUUGGACUGCGAUCCCAGGCUGUCUUCCUCUGUUUUUAAGAGCACACGCCAUGAACUUCAGCCUCUGCCGAGAUCUUGUGCGGUGUUUCAUGCACAUCACCCUGUGCACAUCUGCCGAUCUUCCUCCCAUCUGACCUGCCUCCAGCAUCUUUGUCCUGUGCAUGCACUCUGUCCCGAACGGUCCCCAUGCUGUGAUGGUGAAUCCUUUUGCCCUUUAUACGUGUGUGUGCGUGCGUGCGUGUGUUCUCCUUGUGAAAACCAGUGGUGGAGAGGAAUAAAUUGACCAAGCGGCUUUCGAAAGCCAUUGUAGGGAAAGAAAGGAACCGCUUCCAAGAAGGAAAGCCUUUUAAAAAGUGGAAUACUGGAAUUUGUGUCCCACCAGACAAGCCAGCCACAUUUUCCGUUUCACCCAUGCCAGCUCCUACGAGGCCCGGCUUGCACAGAGCUGAACGCAGCUCUCUGGGCGCUUGCUUUGGUGGGCCAGGUCAGGCAAUAAACGCGGGACGUUUAUUGAGCCUCGGGUCGAGCAGGUGCCGCGUGUGGCUCUUGGACUGUGUUUGGCAGGGCAGGGCACUGGCCGUCCGGUUUGCUUUGGCCAUGUGCAACUCCUGCCCAAGGUCCUUUCCUGCUUUUGAUCCCGGAUGAAACCUCUCCCCUUCCCAGCUUAAUGCUCCAGCUGUCCUCUUGAGAAGAAGAAUCAAGUGAAGGAAAAUAGACAGACAUAAAAGCAUAGGAGCCAGGCAUCUGGGACAAGCCGAUCUAACCAGGCCCUGAGCUAGGCUGCCCACCUGGUGGCGUCCUUCAGCUUCUCCAAAACGGGAUAAAUGUGGCAUUUUCCCAGCUUCCUACCUAACCUUCCGCAUUUCCUGCAAGCAUCCACCAUCUCCUGACUGCGGAGCUCCUCUUCUCUUCCCUUGGCUGUACAGGCACCCUAAUGUCCCCCCUUGAUGCAGACACUGGGUUCAGUGGAGGUCUGAACAAGCGGUCCCCCCAGAACGUCAGCAUCUCCUGCCAGAUGAUGGGGUUUAGUUGUCCACGUCGUGGUACCCAUGGUCAAGGCCGCUCUUGCGAUGGCUGCUGCACAGCCUUUCUCAGUAUUUAUUUAUUUAAAUUGAACUGAUCUCUUUGGAAAGAAUGUACGGCCCUUAUUUCAGGAGAACGUGAGGCAGAAAGGGAGCGGAUACUAGGAAAGUUUUUGGUUUUAGCUGGUGGGGUGGGGCAAAAUUACUUGUGAUGUCCUUUUAGGGGAGCUUCUGCUUUUAAGAUCAUUGUUUCUGGGGUUGCCUCUUCUAGGUGCUGGAAACUAUAGUCCAUAUUGAGGUUUACCUUCCCCCACCCCACAUUUCCUGGGAAAACAUUUCUUUGAGAUUUUAAAACACUGCAAUUUUUUUUA